GCUGAGGUCCGUGUUGGAUCAAAGGGCAAUAUACGGUCAGCAUUCAAAAUCCACUUUCACAUUUUGCACCAUUAAUGUUCUUCAACAUUUCCAUACAUAUUAUCCAAAAAUCAUGAGCUCCUUCAUCAGUUCUACAUUUUCCACCCAUGUCAACCAUAACUUUCCCACACCCCAAACUCACCAUUGCAGCAAACUCCCCCUCUCCGUAAUCCGAGCAUCGGUUCAACCCGAACAAAACAUUGUGAUCGUCGGCAACCGGAGAAAACUCGUAACAACGUUUGUUGCUGCCUCACUGGCUGCACUAGGAUUGCAAGGCACACAGGUGGCAGUGGCAGAGAAUUGGGGCACGCAUUCGUUUCUCAGGGAACGGUUUUUCGAACCCGGUUUGUCGCCAGAAGACGCCGCUGCGAGAAUUAAACAAACUGCCGAAGGGUUACAUAGCAUGAGAGACAUGUUGGACACCAUGUCAUGGAGGUAUGUCAUGUUUUAUAUCCGACUGAAGCAGGCUUAUCUUUCUCAGGAUUUGAAGAACGCCAUGAAUACAUUGCCCCAAGGCCGUAAAGAUGUGUACGUGAAAACGGCAAAUGAAUUGGUGGAUAACAUGGCAGAGUUCGAUUAUUACGUUCGUACCCCGAAAGUAUACGAAUCGUACUUGUACUAUGAGAAGACAUUGAAAUCCAUAGAUGAUCUAGUGGCAUUAUUGGGGUAGAACAAUGCCUGCAGCUGAAGAUAUACAUAAGCAAUUGGCAAUUUGCUUCUAUGUGACCAUAAUUGUGGUUCGCAAUCAGUAAGAUCAGGGAAUGUUGAGUUUCAAUCAACGCUUAAGAAGACCAGUAUUUGGUUCUUUUGCAGCUGUUGUUCAUACAAUUAUAUAAGAAAUGCUGAAGCUUGAGUACAGAGAAUAGU